AUGGACAGUGACUUGCCUGAUUCUAUUUUAUCAUUUAUCUUUAACAAGUUAUCUUUUAAGGAUCGUGUCAAAACUUCCCUAUUGUCCAAGCAUUGGCUUCAAGAAUGGAGAUUUUCAUCAACAACACACCUCAAUUUUGAUCUCUAUAACACACCGGCAACAGACAAAUCUCAAUUUACAGCAAGAUUGGAUCAGUUCAUGCUUCAUUAUGAACACGCUACAAUCAGUUCAAUUCGAGUAAAAUUUCCAUUGGGUGAUGAACACAGUGAUGUGAUUGAUAGAUUGAUUUCUGAAGGGAUUGCUAAGGGUGUUAAACAUAUUCAACUAUUAUUCUCACAUCAAACUAAUCAUACUAAUUUAAAUUUGGAAUUUAAGCCUUAUAGAUUUCCCUUUACUCUCUUAUCUAACACUGAUUCUCUAACCUAUCUGCACCUAGAGAACUGCCUCUUAGUAGCAUCUAUGGAUUUCUCUGGAUUGAAGAAUCUCACAACUCUUGUGUUGCAACAAAUCGUUGUGAAACAGGAUCUACUUGAGAGCCUGUUUUCCAACUGCAUCCAUCUCGCAGACUUCACACUUGAUAACUGCGAGUUAUGUUAUUAUUUUAAAAUAAUAACUCCAACAUUGGUUCAUUUGAAAAUUGCUAACUGUCGCUGUAUCUUUAUGACUGAAAUGGAUAUCAUUGCACCAAAUCUCUCAUCCCUUGAGUAUUCUUUUAACGGAGAAAAGAUACCCUUCCUGAACAUUGAGGCUCAUGCGCUAUCACACUUUAGCUACAAGGGUUUGCUAAUUGGAUUUAUUGAUGAUGAUAUGUCUUGCUUGAAAAAUUUGACAACAAUUGUGUUGGACGGAAUUCAUCACGAUUUCUCAAAAUUGAUCCCAAGUUAUUUGUUUAAUCAAUGUCUCCAACUUGUGAACGUCACCCUUAAAAAUUGCUCACUAGCCGGUGAAAUAUACAUUACUAGUUCAAAGUUGCGUCAUUUGAACAUGAUUGAUUGCGGCUCUGAGAUAUCAGCUCCGUAUAUGAUAUAUAUUGAUGCUAAGAAUCUCUCGUCUUUUGAAUAUAGUGGUGUCAUCACUAGGAAAAUUUCUAUUAUGGCACCAAAGUUAUUGGAGAUUUUUUUGAAUGCUUCUGUAAAACACAAAUACAGUGGUCAUCCUACAACAGCACCAAAGUUAUUGAAGGUUUUUUGGAAUGCUGCAGCCGUAAGAGAGGAAAAUCGUCAAAUUAAAAGAUUAUGUCAGUUUUGA